AUGGAAGGGCCAUCACCAUUGUUGCCAUCUCUAUUCUUGUUAGUGUUGGGAGUCAUAAUCUAUGGAUCUAGUUUACUAUCACUUUUUGACAUGUCAAUAUCUUUCUAUCAAAUGGCUUCUGAAGCUGAAGAGAAAAGUUUCACAACUUUAAUACUUGUGGUUCUUGUUCUUUUAGUAUUUGUGUUUCUUUACUUCCCUUAUUCAUUUCCUUUCUUUAGUAACUCAUCUUAUGGUACAAAACGUUAUGUCAAUAACUCUAGUCAUGGUUAUGAUGAAUCUGGAUUUGGCUUGGGAACAUUGCUCUUAGUUUUGCUCUUCAUUCUUUUGUAUUAUUUGUUGUAA